AUGCUGCUCAGUAUAGGAGACGAUGAAAAUGAGCGGCCGCUCCAAAGGCCUACAAUAUCCGAUGACUUCAUGGUUAUUAAGGAGGAAGAUGGUGUCACGCCGAGCACAGUGGGUCCCUCGGAGAGGACGAUCAGACGGGCAUACAGACCAGACGGAGCUGAGAGGAUGCAGCAUCAAGAAAACCUACCUGGCAGCGAUACUGGUGAUGACUCUCCCAACCUCGCUGAGAUCGCCGGGUUUCCAUAUUCAUCACAAGAACUGACUGAUGAAGACUUUGAGUUUUCUCCGGAAAGGCCUUUCAGGAGGCGGCUAUACCAUUACUCUCUCAGGGAAGCUCUGGUAGGCGGCAAGAAGGAGACGAAUCUGCUUCCACAGCAAGAGUUUAUAGUAAUCGAGGACGACGAAGAAACAGAAGUGGAUUUGAGAAAGCCCCAGGCUACUAGUGUCAAGGCUGAUACCGCCAAAGCCGGCACUGAAGCCGAGAAGGAGGUGAAGCGUGACAGCAGUCUUAGUAUGCCAGAAGACAGGGGAAAGAAAAGACCUAUUGUUGCUCUUGAGCGAGGUGAUGAGGUUGAAGCUUGA